AUGACUACCAUGGAGGAAACCCGGUCCAAACCUUCUACACCGGAGCCGAGUCCCGCGCCAAGUCCGGCGCCAAGUCCUGCACCUAGUCCUGCUCCCAGUCCGCUGCUGGACAGAAUCCCUUUGCCAUCAGGGAACCAUGUAGAGCACCUGAGUGUGAACCAGAUCCAGGUAGUGGUGCGGCGUUGUUCCAGUCCAAAUGUUACAGAAGAAACAACCUAUUUUCUUCCUCGCCACCCUGUGGUGGAUGCUGGCACCAACACAGAGCCACCACUUGUCUGCUGCCCCUUGCUUCACAGAUUUUGCCCUUGUCCUCCGAGAGGCCUUGUGGCUUCUGUCAUUACAAAAGUACUCUUGGCGGCAGUGCUCUUCGGAGUGGUUUGGUCAGUCACAGAGGACGAAUGUCUUCCAGGGGGUAACCUAUUUGGCAUUACAGUGCUGUUCAUCUGUGCAGUCAUUGGUGGAAAAUUAGUAGCUCUGAUCCGGCUACCCAGACUUCCACCAUUUCCUCCACUUCUUGGUAUGCUGCUCAUGGGUUUCACGCUAAGAAAUAUCCCAGUAAUAACAGAUGGUGUGUACAUUAACUUCAAGUGGUCCGCCUCCCUCAGGAACAUUGCACUGGCGGUCAUUCUAGCCAGAGCCGGUUUGGGUUUGGAUCCCUCAGCUCUGAGGAAGCUGAAAUCUGUGUGUUUGCGUGUGGCAGUAGGGCCUUGCAUCGUUGAGGCCUGCACUAUAGCUCUUGUCUCCCAUUUCCUCAUGGGUUUACCAUGGGUGUGGGGCUUCAUCCUUGGCUUUGUCCUUGGCGCUGUGUCUCCAGCAGUAGUGGUCCCCUCCAUGUUGCUGCUGCAAAAGGAUGGUUAUGGUGUGGAGCAGGGAAUCCCCACGGUUUUAAUGGCAGCUGGCAGCUUUGAUGACAUCCUUGCUAUAACAGGGUUCACUACAUGCUUGGGCGUGGCUUUUGCUACAGGUUCCACAUGGUACAACCUUUUGAGAGGUGUGCUGGAGGUGGCCGGUGGCCUGCUUGCUGGGAUCCUUCUUGGCUUCCUCAUCCAGUACUUUCCCAGUCUCGACCAGAAACACUUGGUGAUGAAACGUUCCUUUCUGGUACUUGGCUUGUCUGUCUUUGCGGUGUUUGGCAGCGGUGUGGCUGGCUUUCCUGGGUCCGGUGGCCUCUGCACUCUAGUACUGGCAUUUCUUGCCGGUCUCGGAUGGGGUACAGAAAAGGCACGCGUGGAGGAAGUGGUGGGCUGGGCAUGGGAUGUGUUUCAGCCGCUUUUGUUUGGCUUAAUUGGAGCAGAGAUACGAGUGUCACAGUUGGACGGACACGUAGUUGGUCUGGGUAUAGCUUCUCUACUCAUUGCCCUGCUGGUUCGGCUCCUGUUUACCUACGUUUGCGUGUUGUUCGCCGGCUUUAAUAUUCGUGAAAAGCUGUUUAUUGCCCUAGCCUGGAUGCCCAAAGCCACUGUACAGGCAGCCAUUGGCUCCACAGCUUUGGACAUGGCCAGGAUAAGAGAAGACACGCAGAUGCAGAAGUACGGCAUGGAUGUGCUGACUGUGGCUGUACUUUCCAUCCUUCUAACGGCACCAGUAGGAGCCCUUAUCAUUGGCCUUUGUGGUCCAUGUCUGCUGCAGAAACCAAAGAACUCAGCCUGUGGCACUGCGGCAGGUGAUGAAGACAAUGAAACGCCAGUCACCUAUGAAAGCACUCUGUGAUAUCACCAGUCUCAAUGAGGGCAGCAGUGAAAAUCCUCACUGUUAAGCAUCUGUAUCUAUUCUUAAGAGAACAUUCAAAUCAGUUUUAAUUUCAAACAAAAUAACUGGAAUGACAUGUCGGAUAUGUCAGCUGUCGUUUAGCCACCGAGUGGCCUGGUCCGUCUGUUCUCUCCCCUGCAGGAGCUCGCGUGUGAAUGACUUUGUAUUUAUAGGCACUGGUGAUUUCCAACAACUGACCCACAUCUGAACAUGUGAAGGGUCAUGUUGAGUACGAGAAAAAGUUUUUGUUUAGUGUGAAUUUUUUUAUCAUAAUUCAGUGCAAUAGUUUAAUGACUGGUUGUUGUCAAAGGGUCCCUUCCAUCCAAAUCUUUUUUUUUUAAUCUUUUAUUUUUUUAAUAACAUAGGUUGCAUCCAUACAGUAUGUUGAUCACUGGAUUUUUCGGACGAUAAAUAUUUUUUUUCAUAGUUUGUCGAGGGGUGCGAUUUAUACUCCGGCGCACUUGUAUGUGAGAUUACUAAAGGGUCUACCCGACCAAAAUGACAUGUUGAUUCUAGUAUAUUGUGGCGCUCACGAGACAGUUAGGGACGAUUUUCACUUUGCUAAGCAAAAGAACAGGCAUUUCACAUCCAUGAACAAUGACAUAUAAUGGCUGGUCAUCAACUCAAAUGUCAUGCACAGUCACAGUGUUACAACAAAACUGAAAUUAUCACAUAACAAACUAAAUAGCAUAACUAGCAAGCAAUGAAAACACUGGAACAGUAACUAAGAAAUAAUGUCGCACAGAACAUGAACUUUGAACAUUAUUUGCCGAGUGCCACAAUGUAUACGGAGAGGCAUGAGACUGUUUUUAAUGGUCUGGUCACUAAUGACCUGCCCGUGUGCUGCGUUCUGUUUAGUGAGCUGUUUCUUAGCCUAUGUCUGCACAUCGCAAGGUAUUUUGCAAAAAGAAGAACUUUUUCAACGGUUUAGUCUAUCAUCCAUACGCACACACACAUUUUGGGCAUUCAAAACGAGGAUUCUCAAAAACUCCGUCCAAAGUGAAGAUGUACCAAUUUUGCAUUUUUAGCGCCAUCAUGUGGACACUGACAACCGAAGAUUGAACUGUAGAAACGUCCCUGACUGUGACAAACUUUGUUCCUUUGUCACACGAGACCAGUGUUUGCAUUUGGAGUAGUGUAUUUAUUAGACAUGUGCUUUUUGCUUCAAUUUAUUUUCAAACUCUUGCAAUGCUUCAUUUUGAAGAACACAUGUGAAGGAUGGCGGUGUAAUGGACAAUUAUUUUUUCGUUAUGAAUGUACUUAAAAACGAAUGAAUGCGGUUGGCUGUGGAAGCUUUUUUUUGGUAUACAAAUGUGCUGGUGUGGGUGUAAUUAUUUUUUCUGGACAUAUUAGGGCAGGAUCCUUGGUUUGGGGGGGGGG